AUGUUAAUUAUUAAUAGUAUUGCUGGAAACGAUGGCUUUAAUACCAAUUUGACACGUCUUCCACUUACUAUCGCUCACUCUCCAGCAGGAACAUCGAUUAAAAAUCUAGUUCAUUUUAGCCAAAUGAUUAACAGUUACCAGUUACAGAAAUUUGACUACGGGAACUAUAUGAAUAGACACAUCUACGAUCAGGACAAUCCUCCUUCAUAUACUCUAAAAAAUUUCAACAUUCCAACCAUCAUUUAUCAUGGAGGAAAUGAUCAUUUAUGUACAAAUGAAAGCAUUGAUCUACUUAAACAAAGAAUUAACAAAACCAUCAUCUCCGUGAACUACAUUGAAAAUUAUAACCAUCUAGGUUAUUUCUGGAGUAUAAAUGCUGUGGAUCUAAUUUACUCAUCAUUACUUACAUUGAUUGCGAAAUAUCAAGGAUAA